AUGACGCCCCCCUGCAAGCUUCCCCAGGAGCUGGCGGAUAUAAUCAUCUCCUUCUGUCUAACAGACAUCCAACUACGCACAAAUCUCAAAGACGAAGAGCGCUUGACUAGGAGCCGUCAGAUCCUAGCACUGAGGCUGGUUUGCCCUGAAUUUAACACCUCGAUCGAAGACUGCUUGCCGCGUAUGGACGAAUUUUAUGCGUGGAAAAUACUAUACCCGAUACUGGCGAGGUUAAGACUUUUACACGCAGUUCAGCAGGUUUCACAGACUGUAUUCCCGCUUGCAUCUGCCGUUCGACGCGCCAGCGAGCUCAUUCUGAACAUACGGAGAGUUAGCUCUAAUGAAGAGCGCGAGCAGGAACGCAGGAAUGUCUGGAAAACUAUUUGUCUCAGUGUUACACGUGGAGUUAUCGCAGGGCGCCCGGCAGACAACAAGAGAAAUAAUGUUGUCUGGGAACAAAGUGACUGGGAGGAAGCGACACACACUAUCGCAAUUGGGACUGCUGCCUGCGAGGGCGACGUGUAUCUUCUGCGAACGUUGAUGAACCAGGGGUUAUAUACUGGAUUCGCGGUUGACCAUGUCUUCGAAGACCCUAUGCUCACGGCCAUGGAUAUGGGCCGAGAUGAUGCUGCACCAUUGACUACUUCAUCCCCUUUAAGCACUAUAUCCCACAGUGCAUCUGGCUCGAGCAACGAGCAGCUUCAAUUUGCAGCGGAGUCAGGAGACCUUGGCCUCUUCGUGCGUAUUCUCGAUGAUACUACCCUGGACACGCCCGGUCGUGGUCUCUUCGUUGAAAACGCCCAAGGUCUGACACCGGGGACCAUCGCGUCCAGGUUAGGUUGGGAAGCUAUAGUUGAGGAAGUUUGUCGCCGCUUCAACAGUGGCCCGGAGAACUUACUCGAUGAUGACCAACUUUAUCAACUUGAAAGUGCAUCCGACAAUGCCAUAUUUACGAUGUUUGAUGACUUCAAUUCCGAAAAGGUUCAGCCCCAAAUCAACGCCAUGCUAUAUACCGCUGCCGUGCAUGACCAGCUCACCGUCAUGGACACCAUCAGGAGAUGCAGAUGCAAGAUGAACGCUGUCCUGGCGAUCAGCGUGGACGAGCGGCAUCAUCCGGUGUACGCAGCAGCCGCCAACGGCCACUUCGAAGCUGCUCGCAUACUCAUGUCUUUGUUUAGACCUUGGGGAAAAGAUUAUGAAGAAGCAGCCUGGCUCGGGCUUCUUGGGUCCGCGCGGUCUGGGAUGUGGAGAUGUUUGACUACUUUCUAUGCUUCGAAUACCCACAUACAAGGCCACCAUACUUAA